CACAAAUAGGUUAGUAUACCCAUGUGUAGUACUUUCUCAAUUUUCUCCUAUGUCUUAUGAAUGUGCUUGGAUUUCGCGUCUUUUUUCGUAAAAUGAGCACAUUGAAGAAUUUUUCUUUAAUACCAGUCGGGGUGCGUGGAAUGAAAGUUUUAGAUCGCAUGAAAUUCUUGCGUAACAUUGAAAUACCACUUAUAAAAGUGUCAGUGGAGAAUCUUUCUAAAAUAAGACAACAUUGCAAGCAAUACUUUCUAAAACUGGACAACUUCAAGCCUGUUCAAGAUUUUGAGGACGAGAAAUUCAAGAAGUGUAUUUAUUUGAACCCAGAAACUAUCACACAAUGGGGUGACAUAUCAGAAAGCGUAAGAGACGCGCUUUUUUCUAACGGCAUUGAUGAAAACAACUACAGUACGAAAGUAGUACAACUGACGUACGAGAACUGGCGUUUUGAUGCUAUAUUCAAAGCUGUGUUGCCCGAGAAUGAAGAAAUUGUGAGUAGCUUCUCACAAAUUGGACACAUCAUACAUCUAAAUUUACGUGAACACCUCAUAGAGUACCGGCAACUGAUUGGCCAAGUCUUAGUUGACAAAAUAAAGACAUGCCGCACUGUAGUGAACAAGAGUAACAUAAUUGACAAUACUUACCGUAACUUUAGCAUGGAAGUGAUAGCUGGUGAUGAAGAUUACCUCGUAACAGUUAAGGAGAACAACUGCAUAUUCGAAUUUGAUUUCUCUAAAGUAUAUUGGAAUCCACGGCUUUGUAGAGAACAUGAAAGGAUUUUGGCCCUGUUAAAACCAGGAGAUGUAUUGUUUGAUGUUUUCUGUGGAGUAGGCCCCUUUUCUAUACCGGCAGCGAAGAGGAAAUGCACAGUUUAUGCUAACGAUUUGAACCCGGAUUCUUUUAAAUGGUUGAACCAUAACGCAAAGAAAAAUAAAAUAAUUCUAUCACUGUUUAAAUCAUACAAUCUGGAUGGGAAGGAUUUUAUUUAUAAUAUCUUUAAAGAUUAUUUAAUAGAAUACUGUAAUCAAAAUAAACAGAAGGGAUUGAAAAUUCAUGUGACUAUGAACUUACCUGCUAUGGCUGUACAAUUUUUGAAAUAUUUUAAAGGUUUAAUUGAUGAUAAACAACAUUUGGAUAAGUUUGAUUGUGAGAUAAUAGUGUAUGUGUAUUGCUUUGCUGUAGGUGAUGAUCCUGAUAGUAUUGCAAGAACUAUGAUAAAUGAUAGCAUAGGAUGUGAUAUGUCAAAAUAUAUCAUGGAUGUGUUUGAUGUGAGAAAUGUAUCACCGAAGAAAGAAAUGAUGCGAGUGACAAUUAAACUUACAAAAGAAGUGUUAUUUGAUACAAAUAUAUAUGAACCUCCUAAUAAAAAAUUGUGUGUUAAUGAUUGAUACAAAGUUCUAAUAACAAGUGUAAAAUAUAAUACAUUAAAACCAUGUGUGAAAAUAAAUGCUGUUGAUGUAUGUUUAUAUGUAUAGCUAUAUUUUUAUUGUUAUCAGUUAUUGGCACUAAAUAUAAUUGAUUAUAGUGAUA